UAAUAUUUUUAUAUAACAGCAUAUUAUAUAUUCAAAAGAAAAUGCUUACAAUAAUAAUGUAUUUUGCCUUGUGAAGUGAAAAAAAUUAAUUUCUUCUUCUAUGUUACAUUAAGUGUUUACAUUAUUUCACGAUGAAAUUAUAGGUUAUGUUUGUGACAUUACAAUGAAGUAAAUUCAGAUUGGCGCGAAGUUCAUCUGUUCUUGUAUUUUAAUUAAAUACUAAAAUAGAUAUGUAUAUAUUUUUGGAAUUGACAAAUAUGUUACAUAUUUUAUGAAGUAUAAUAUGUCCGAAAAAUAUGUGAAGGAAAUUUUUGAGAAGCUUGAUGAAAUUGAGAAAUUACAUGCAAAACUGCGCAGUUUGGUGCCACGCGUAAAAAAUAAUGAAUUAGAAAUCACGGAAAACAAACAAUCUGUUGCGAAAGAAACGAAAGAGAAUAAACAUUUACCAGAACAAAAAACUAUCAAUUUAAAAUCAAGGAUAAGAAAGUUAUUCGGUAAAAAAACGAAACCUCAAUUAAUAAAAUAUUUUAAAAAGUUUAAAAAUAAUUCUAGCAAUAAAUGGAAAGAAUUAAAAAAUCGUUUAGCAACUCUAAACGAACCUGAAGUUAUAUUGGUAAGCAGAGCUUCUCAAGUAUCAGAUGGUGAUAUAUCAAAAUUAAUUUCAGAAGAAAAAUCUCCAAAAAAAAAGAGAAAAUUAUUUAAGAAAAAAAAAUCGGCACCGCAAGAUUUUCCAGAUCAAGUUUUAAAACACUUAGGUUAUUUUUAUGAUUCUAAUCCAAUUUUAAAUGACUAUAUAGUAUCAAUGCAUGAUCAUGGUUUAGGUAAAAAUACACCUCAUAAAGUGCAGAAAAAGGCACUUGUCCAAGACGAGGAUACUGAAACAUUAAAAAUUGUUUCAUCUGCAAGGAAAAUCCCAACGACUCCCGAUGGAUUAAAAUGGUCUUCAUUACUCCGUCACAACCCGUCCCCAUAAAUUAUCAGGAAAAUAUAUUGACGUUCAAUUAGAAAUACAAUACAUAUUUCUUUGAUGAAUUCUAAGAUUAAUGAAAUAAUAUAUUAUGAAUAAUAUAUAAGCACCGUCAUAAGAACUUAAUUAUAAUAAGAAAAAUAAGGCGUAUGAAGUAUGAAACAUAGAAUGCAAUAAGAAGAUUGAUAUUCCAUAAUUUUUUUUAUAUAUAUAUAUAAAUAUAAUUUUUAUUUUAUUCAUUUAAACUUAUUUUGACACAUCAAAUAUCAUUUCGUAGUACUGUACUGUACUGCCAUCUGAACCAGGAUCGAGAAUAAAUAUUUCCAUGUGGUAGUACUCGAAGCAGCCCAAUGAGAAAGAAACGGAAAUGUUUGAAAGAAACCUUAGAGUACGUGGGCUGGCAGAUGGGGGCACCGGAAAGGCGGAUUCUACCGGAAGUCACGAAAGUUCAAACAUAACAUUACGAUUACGAAUAAAUUUUUCGUUUUUAAUUUAUAUCGAAAUGAAUCAAGUUUAUUUAUAAGAUAGAAAAAAAUAUUCAUAUUUUAACAUUAAUUUUUAUAUCGAAACUUUUCAUUUGUGCUUA